UACACGACACCUCCACACGCAUUGUUUUUGUGCGCACAUUUUCUGAGAUUGUGGUGUUUUUUGGUCUGUUCUGAAUCCUUGUAUAAGGUUAUUCCUGAGUUAUUGUUUCGGAUGGGGUGAUCGGAUAAUUGAAACGGUGGGUGGGGUUGAAUGACGCCGGAGAAUGUAUAAUCUUGGGUUUCUGCCACUUUCGGUUAUAUUGAUAGAAUUCCGGAUUAUCUGCUCUUCAGGUUAUGAAAUGUUUCUUUUGUUAGGCAUCCCAUUUCUUCCACCAUCACUCAGUUAGGUAAUCAAUAUGCAGAAGAGCCGGAAUAUAUCAAAAAAUAGUUCUUUGAGACAGGCAACCCAACAGUCUCUUCGUCGUCUGGGACUGUGUUCUCAAAUAACAACUGGACAGCAAACAUCCCCAGUUAUUUUUCCAGAAAAACGUAAUAGUAGAGGGAAGCCUGAGACACAUGGUGACAUCAGUGUCACCAAUGAUGAUCUUAAGAAAGCUAAGGUGGAGGAACACAGGAUUGAUAUUGGAGAUGAGCAGUGUGACUUACUUGGAUAUGAAGUGUUUUCGGGCAAACUCUCUUUAGACAAAAGGAAAUCUAGUAAGCACUCUGAGGUACAAACUUCAGAAAAUAUGAAUUUUGAAAUGGUUGAUGCGAAACUGACAAGCAAGGCAUUGAUUUGGGGUUCUGAGAUGUUGCGUCUAGAUGAUGUGGUCUCGCUAUCCUAUUGUGUUGGUCUAAGGCAUUUCACUGUGCAUGCAUAUCCAUUAAGAAAGAGUUCAUGUGGCCUUUUUGUCAAAAGUGGGAGAAGCCAGAAAGACUUCCGCUUUUUUGCAUCCACCUCAGAAGAUGCGCUUCAAUGGGUUAAUACAUUUGCAGAUCAAGAGUGCUAUAUAAAUUCUUUGCCGCAUCCCAUGGCUUCUAAAAAGCAGUGUUCAGAUUCAAUUUUCAAUGAAUUUCCUCCUGAGUCAUACAUAAGAUGUAAAAGUCCUCCGAAAGUGCUUGUGAUUUUAAACCCUCGGUCUGGACAUGGUCGUUCAAGCAAAGUUUUCCAGGAAUUGGUUGAACCCAUAUUCAAACUUGCAGGAUUCGAAUUGGAGGUUGUCAAAACAACAUCUGCUGGUCAUGCUAGAAAACUCGCAGCCAGUGUGGACUUCAGUACAUGUCCAGAUGGUAUUAUAUGCGUUGGAGGUGAUGGAAUAAUAAAUGAGGUUUUGAAUGGUUUACUUAGUAGAGACAACCAAAGAGAAGCAACUACAGUACCAAUUGGGAUCAUACCUGCUGGUUCUGACAAUUCAUUAGUCUGGACUGUUCUUGGGGUUAGAGACCCAGUAUCUGCAGCACUAGCUAUAGUCAAGGGAGGUCUUACUGCCAUUGAUGUUUUUGCUGUGAAGUGGAUCCAUGCUGGAGCUGUUCACUUUGGGACGACAGUCACAUACUUUGGUUUUGUUAGUGAUGUUCUGGAACUUUCUGGAAAAUAUCAGAAACGAUUUGGGCCUCUACGAUAUUUUGUUGCUGGUUUUCUCAAGUUUUUCUGCUUGCCAAAAUACAGUUAUGAAGUGGAAUAUCUUCCAUCACAAAGAGAAGAGCGAACAAUUUCAGCAGAUCGGGAGAUUAUAGACAUGUCAGAGCUCUACACUGACAUCAUGCGGAGAUCAAGCAAGGAAGGCCUUCCUCGGGCCUCCAGCCUUUCAAGUAUUGAUUCAAUAAUGACGACAAGUCAAAUGUCUGGAGCAGAUUUUGAUACCACCUGCAGUAGCACAGAACCAUCAGAAUAUGUGCGUGCCAUAGAUGCAAAGUCAAAACGGCUAUCAGCUAGCAGACGGGAUUUGACAGCUGAACCAGAAGUUAUCCAUCCGCAGCUCCCACAUUCAGUUACUCCCAACUGGCCCAGGACUCGGUCCAAGUCAAGGACAGAUAAAGCAUGGACUGGACCAACUGCGACAAAGGAUUUGAUUAGGUCUUCCUGGAGAAAUACAAUAACAAAUGACAAAGAGGAUAUCUCAUCAACAAUGUCAGAUCCUGGUCCAAUUUGGGAUGCUGAACCUAGAUGGGACAGUGAGCCGAACUGGGACAUAGAAAAUCCUAUUGAAUUGCCUGGCCCGCCAGAUGACUCUGAAGCUGGCAAUAGAAAGGAAACAGUUCCAAAAUCUGAAGAGAAUUGGGUAGUCACUAAAGGUCGAUUUCUUGGUGUCAUGGUAUGCAACCAUUCAUGUAAAACUGUGCAAAGUUUGAGUUCUCAGGUGGUGGCCCCGAAGGCAGAGCACAACGACAACAGCUUGGAUUUGUUAUUGGUUCAUGGAAGUGGACGUUUGAGGCUGUUGAGAUUCUUGUUGUGUCUACAAGUGGGUACACACGUUUCUUUGCCAUAUGUUGAAUAUGUUAAGGUAAAGUCAGUGAAAAUAAAACCUGGAAAGCGCACACAUAAUGGGUGUGGCAUUGACGGUGAACUAUUCCCUGCAAAUGGGCAGGUGGUCUGUUCAUUACUUCCGCGACAGUGCAGGCUGAUCGGCUGCUCUCCAUGUUCUAACAAUUGAUUGAUGCAGCUUUUGCUUUCUGUCUUUUAAAGUUGUGCGGCUC